UUCAACGUACACAAGUAUAACGAUGACCAGUGUCCAUUUGCGUUCGUAAUUGUUGAUCGAAUAAUAUAUGUACAGCUGCAGGACCGGUGACUUCAAUGAUAUUCUUCGAAAAUUAUUAACAAUGAAAAAUAUUCGUCAGUUUCAAAUAUAUUCAAUAAGAUGGCGAUCGACAGCUACUGCACAUUCACCCCACGUCUCUGCGGGAUCACCAGAAGUAAUAGAAGUGACUAAUGAUCUUACCACAGCCAAACACUAUAGUCAGGUCCCAGGACCCACGCCAUGGCCAAUUAUAGGAAACACUUGGAGAAUGUUACCAGUUAUAGGCCCUUAUCAGAUAUCAGAUUUGGCAAACGUUUCCUACAUACUGUACAAACAAUACGGGAAAAUAGCAAAGUUGGGAAAUCUUGUUGGUCGACCGGAUUUGCUAUUUGUUUAUGAUGCUGAUGAAAUAGAAAAAGUUUAUAGACAAGAAGGCGAUACGCCGUUUAGACCUUCUAUGCCGUGUUUGGUUAAAUAUAAAAGUCAGGUUCGAGGACAAUUUUUCGGGAGACUACCGGGUGUUGUCGGAGUGCAUGGAGAGGCGUGGAGAGAAUUCAGAACUAAAGUUCAAAAGCCUGUUUUACAACCACAAACUGUUAAGAAAUAUAUUCAACCAAUUGAAGAAGUUUCCGACUAUUUCAUAAAACGGAUGCAAGAAAUGAAAAACGAAAAUUCUGAAAUGCCAGCUGAUUUUGAUAAUGAAAUUCAUAAAUGGGCUUUGGAAUGUAUCGGUCGUGUGGCAUUAGACGCAAGACUAGGUUGUCUAAACCCGGAUUUACCGAAAAAUUCAGAGCCACAGAAAAUAAUCGAUGCCGCAAAAUACGCACUCCGGAACGUGGCAUUAUUAGAGCUCAAGUACCCGUUUUGGCGAUACUUGCCAUCCACACUGUGGAAAAAAUAUGUUUCAAAUAUGGAUUAUUUCAUUGAAAUUUGUAUGAAGUACAUUGACGAUGCAAUGUUGAGAUUAAAAAAUAAAUCACAAUCGGUGAAUGAAAGCGAAUUGUCUUUGGUUGAGAGAAUUUUGGCGAAUGAACAUGAUCCAAAAACUGCUUACAUAUUGGCGUUGGAUCUUAUUUUAGUUGGGAUUGAUACGAUUUCGAUGGCUGUAUGCUCCAUGCUUUAUCAAAUAGCCACACGACCAGAAGAACAAGAAAAAAUACAUCAAGAAAUACUGAAAAUUUUACCAAAUAAAGACGAUAAACUUGACGCAAGUAAAUUAGAAAAAAUGGUUUAUUUGAAAGCGUUUAUCAAAGAAGUAUUACGAAUGUAUUCAACUGUAAUUGGUAAUGGUAGAACCCUUCAAAAGGAUAUGGUGAUUUGUGGAUACAGAAUACCAAAAGGUAUUCAGUUAGUUUUUCCAACAAUUGUUACGGGGAAUAUGGAAGAAUACGUAACGGACUGUAAACAGUUUAAACCUGAAAGGUGGUUGAAACAAUCAACCGAUUAUAUUCACCCAUUUGCUUCGUUGCCGUACGGGCAUGGGCCAAGAAUGUGUCUAGGAAGAAGAUUUGCUGACUUAGAAAUGCAAGUCUUCUUGGCGAAGUUGAUACGAUCGCACAAGCUUGAGUAUUUGCAUAAACCAUUGGAAUACAAAGUUACAUUCAUGUACGCACCUGAUGGCGAACUAAAGUUCAAAAUGACUGAGAGGCCUACCAAUGGACUAAUAAUAUAAUAUGCAUCGCAUGCACGCAAUUAUUUAUUUACAGGUUCCUAUACGUUCAAUAAUAAAAAUAAUAAAAUGUCCGUUUUGGCCAGACGUUUGAGGAAUUUAAGGAUUACAGUUGAUCAUGCCAACAAGUCGACUGAAGUUUUUACGAGUGUAUCACAAGGAGAUAUAGAUUUUGCCAAAGAUUAUUCGGAACUACCGGGCCCAAAGUCGUUACCGUUAUUGGGCAAUAAUUGGAGGUUUAUGUCAUAUAUUGGCGACUACAAAGUAACCGAAAUAGACAAACUCUCAUUGAGAUUAUGGAAAGAGUACGGAGACAUUGUAAAAAUCGAAAAAUUGCUCGGGAGACCGGAUAUGGUGUUUCUGUACGACGCAGACGAGAUUGAAAAAGUAUUCAGAAAUGAAGAACUUAUGCCGCAUCGACCGUCUAUGCCAUCGUUAAAUUAUUACAAACACGUUUUAAGGAAGGAUUUCUUUGGUGAUCUGGCUGGUGUUAUAGCAGUACAUGGGGAAAAAUGGUAUGAAUUUCGAACUAAAGUACAACAACCUAUGUUGCAACCGAGAACAGCAAAAUUUUACAUUGGGACUAUUGAAGAUACGGCAACAGCCUUUGUCAAUAGAAUAAAAAAGAUAAAAAAUAAAGACCAAGAAGUUCCUGACGACUUUUUAAAUGAAAUUCAUAAAUGGUCGCUUGAAUCUAUCGCCAAAGUGGCAUUAGAUCAAAAACUCGGGUGCCUCGAAGAUGAACACGCAGUAGACUCGGAUACGCAAAAUUUAAUAGAUGCCAUUAACACGUUUUUUGCUAAUGUCCCGGAGUUGGAAUUAAAAAUACCAUUUUGGAAAUUAUUUAGUACUCCAACUUGGAGAAAGUACAUAAAUGCGUUGGAUACCAUUACCAAUGUUACAUCUAAACAUAUAAACCGAUCAAUGGAUCAACUAUUAUCUCAAAAAUCAUUUUGUCCAGAUAGCCAAUCAUCUUUGUUACAAAGAGUGCUUAGUUUGGAUCCAUCAAAUCCUAAAUUAGCUCAGAUACUAUCGUUAGAUAUGUUUAUCGUCGGCAUAGACACUACUUCUGCAGCUCUUGCAUCAAUUCUAUAUCAAUUAAGUCGACAUCCAGAUAAACAAAAGAAACUUAGGGAAGAAAUACGAACCGUAUUGCCAAAUGCUGAUUCAAAAUUGACUUCCAGCAAACUCGAACAGCUGCAGUAUCUAAAAGCAUGCAUAAAAGAAACGUUGAGAAUGUAUCCGGUUGUUAUUGGAAAUGGUCGCUGCAUGACCAAAGAAACAAUAAUAAGUGGAUAUAAAAUUCCAAAAGGAGUGCAAGUCGUGUUUCAACAUUACGCUAUUAGCAACAGCAGUAAAUAUUUUUCACAGCCAGAACAGUUUUUACCGGAAAGGUGGUUAAAAGGAAGUGGAUACAAACAUCAUCCGUUUGCUAGUUUACCAUUUGGUUAUGGCAAAAGAAUGUGCUUGGGCCGAAGAUUUGCCGAUUUGGAGCUUCAAACAGUUGUUUCAAAGAUUUUUCAGAAUUUUGAAGUCAAGUAUGAGUAUGAUGAUUUGGAUUACACUGUACAUCCGAUAUACAUGCCGGAUGGCCCAUUGAAAUUCAAAAUGAUUGAAAACUAAAUAUUUUUUCUUUAGAAAUUGUACCUAUGUCCAUGCCAAAUACUAAAUGUCUUAAACAUUCAAUAUUGUUGGUAGGUACGAAAAAAAUAUUGAAUAGGUUUUUAUACUAGGUACUGCUAUUAUUUAUUAAAUCAUAAAGCCAAAAUGUAAAUAAUAUAAAUAUGUAUUUAUGUUAGAUUUAAAUAUUUAAUAUAGUAGCUAAGAAUUAUUGAUGUUUAAUAAUAAAUAUUUUAAUGAUAUUA